GAUAUCCUUUUAAGUGAUUUUUACAUGGAAGAUAAUAGAUUAUUACACAGAAGAAAAUACUGCAGUUGACUUACUUGAGAUGAUUAGAUAUGAUACUUAACCUCUGUGGAAUAACGAUGGAAUGAAAACUACAAAGGAACAGAGGCGACAGAGGGGCUGACCAAAGAUAAAAGGCAUAAAAAAAUAAAUAAAUAAAUAAAAAGUCGCAUGAUGUGGUACCGUUGCCAAGCCGGGUGACUCCCAGUAUCAGCUGCCCGGCGAGUUACUGUCAAUGUAAAAGCAACAGACAAUUAUUCCGUGUACAGUUUUUAGUAUAGUGAUAAAGUUUACGUGAAGAUAUACGUCAGCUUGGUAAUAGUGCAUAAGCUGUACAAUUUUUGUAUCGUAUACCACAAAAAAGAGGAAACUAGUGGGAACAGAGCAAGCCAAAAAGUAGGGGGAUAAUCAGUGAACCACGAAGAACCAUGCAGGUGGUGUGGAUAGUGGCUGCCUUGUGCCUUGCCACCUGUCUGGCACAGCGGGAUCAUGGUGUCUCCGAGACCUCCGAGAAAACACAUACCAACAACUGGGCUGUGCUGGUGGACACUUCCCGCUUCUGGUUCAACUAUCGUCAUGUUGCAAAUGUGUUAUCCAUGUACCGCUCAGUCAAGAGACUAGGUAUUCCAGACAGUCAGAUAAUCCUGAUGGUAGCUGAUGAUAUGGCAUGCAAUCCCCGCAAUCCCCGGCCAGCUACAGUGUUCAACAAUGCUCACCAGCAUAUCAACGUGUAUGGCGAGGAUGUGGAGGUGGAUUACCGUGGUUAUGAGGUAACUGUUGAAAACUUUGUGAGGCUGUUGACAGGCCGGCUGGCUCCCAGCACCCCAAGGUCCAAACGGCUGCUGACAGACGACGGCUCCAAUAUCCUGAUAUAUAUGACUGGCCACGGUGGAGAUGGCUUCCUUAAAUUCCAGGAUUCAGAGGAAAUCACAAAUGUUGAGUUGGCUGAUGCUUUUGAACAGAUGUGGCAGAAGAAAAGAUACAAUGAAAUUCUCUUCAUCAUUGACACCUGCCAGGCAGCCUCCAUGUAUGAACACUUCUACUCUCCCAACAUCUUGGCCAUUGCUUCUAGUCUGGUGGGAGAAGACUCACUCUCACAUCAUGUUGAUCCUGCCAUCGGAGUUUACAUCAUUGACCGCUUUACCUACUACGCUUUGGAGUUCUUAGAGAGAGUCACCCCAGACAGCAAGAAGACACUUGCCCAGUUUCUUCAAGUGUGUCCCAAGCGAGUGUGCAUAUCCACAGUGGGGGUUCGGUUGGACCUCUACAAGAGGGAUCCCAGUCGUGUUUUAGUGACAGAGUUUUUCGGGUCAGUGCGUAAUGUAGAGCUGACCACCCGGGUUCUGGACUUGCCCAAGUGUGGUGGACCACAGCAGGUAGCAGUCAAUAAAUCAUUUCAUGGAAGAAUCAUUGCAGCCACAAAGCUUCAUUACGCCAGUCAGCUUCCUCUCCACCAUUCCUGAAUUAUGGGGGAAGAAACCUUACUAGCUGUCUUGAAGUGAAGUGUUUUUAGGUUUGAUGAGGUGUGAAAUCUGCUCUACCAUGAGAUUGUGGAAGUGUGGAUGGAAACGAUACACUGAACCAUCCACUGCCACAGUUACACUUUCUUCAUUUAUGCGGUUGAGGAGCACAGCAACACCUGCAGCAGCCAAGUUUGCUGCUCGCCUGGAGACACAUUCACAGGCAUAGCGAACAUUGGCACAAUCGGCAUCAGUGGCAUCAUUGAAUCCUAACUCCUCCAAGAUGGCACGGCAGUUGUUGAAGUCAUCAGGUUUGUCACUGAGGAAAUGGGAAAGUUUUUAAAUCAAGGAAUCUGCAACAGUAUUGCAAAUAAAUAUCAAAUCUUGUAAGUUAUACACUGCUAUUAAAUUAGGGAAAUGUAAUAAGGAAUAUUAAAUUCUUAUUUGUAUGCACCACCUAAUUUUCUGAGGCAAGUGUCAAUAAAGAAUAAAACUGGUAAAAGGAAAUCUUGUGCAGUAAAGAGGAAUGGAAUGUGUAAGUAUGAAGUGUUUGGAUAAAAGCAAAUGAAGAAUUUUUCUACCUGGAAAUCUGUGAAGAAUAUACAAUUGUCCAUAUGUAUACUGUAUAUAGAAUAAGUAUGUGAUGAGGCCAGAGAGGACUUUUUACAUUUCAUUUGUGCCAAAAUUUGUAAAAAGAUCAGAAACUAUUAUCAUUUUAAGCAACAAAAAAACAAACAAUCAUAUUCAUAAAAUGGUGAUGUAAACUGGGUCAUUUACUAGAGGAUGGUGAGUUGCUGGUGAUUCCCAGCUAUUUUAAUGUUAGAUGGGGUCAACGCUACCACAGUUCCCUGGAAUGUGUCAUUCUUCUAGAACCACUCAUCUUGAUACACCUUGAACUUGUGUGCUACUAAACAUUGAUCAUAAGUAUUCACAGAAUCUAAUGAUGCACAUUGUAGAGAAUAGUUAUAAGCUAAAUUCCUGCAACUAAGCUCUCACUGUUUUCAUAUUUAUCUAUAAUCUCCUACCUAUAUAUUUAGUUUUAAAUAUUUUCCACUGGUUUCUGCAGAGACUAAUGUUUUAUCUGGCAAGUCCCCAAAAGAGUGAGACAAGUAUUAUUUGUGCUGAUAGAAUAUUGUGAUAGCUGAACCUGUGCGGGGACCAAAGGACCGGCUGAUAUCAGACAUGCUGAUUUCUCCAAAACACCCUAACAAGCCAGAGGUGGGAGAUAUGAGUUUGUAGUGCUGUUGUAAUACAUUAGUCUAAUUAUGUGUUGCGGCUCAUUUCAAAACAUAUCAAGAAAGAAUAACCAAGAUGUAAAAGGAUGGGUUGUACUUCCAAAGAAGAAAGCAGCAACUCAAGAAAAAGAUUGGGAGACAAGGUGUAAACAGACAAGCAAUAACUCAUGAAAGAUUUUGGGACUUGGGAGACACAUUCACAGAUAGCCUACACCAAAAAAAUUACUUUUCCAGUCAAUCACAUUUUAUGUUUAAAAUUCAGUUGGCUGAUGAAUCUAGCAGUUUUUCUAAUCAUACCAAACACCCCAAUUACCAAAGGGCACAUGUAACCUAGUCCUCUACAUGCUACAUUCCAAGAGCCGAAAUCUUAUGCUAUUUAAACAGAAAAAAAGAAGAAAAAAAAAACUUUUUAAAGAUAGUGUUGGACUGUACAUUUUCUAGAUGAUCUAUAAUGUCUAUGCAUUUAUACUUUUGGUACAUCACUAAAAGUAUGAUUAAGUAGUCAAUCAAUAAAAUAAACAAUAUGACUUAAAAA